AGUGCAUUCCCGGUGAGGAGAGUCGCGUGCAAAUGCUUUUAGACUGAAGCAAAGGACACCGAAAUAAGCUCCUCACGCCCUUCUCUCCGCCACCUCUUGGUUUCUCCGGCGUCUCGAGUCUUCCCCCGCCGCCAAGCGCCGCCGCCGCCGCCGCCGUCGACCUUCCAGUCUUGGUCCUCUCCACUUGCCCUCCACUACCGAUAAGCAUUUCCCUUGCCAAAAAUCUCUCAAAUGAGGACACGGAGCAUGGCGUCCAAACCCGAACCAGUCCCCUCCACCCACGGGACGGCGGCUCGUGCCCCAGCGCGGGCCUCCGUGAGUGCCUCCACCCACGGGACGGCGGCUCGUGCCCCAGCGCCGGCCUCCGUGAGUGCCUCCACCCACGGGACGGUGGCUCGUGCCCCAGCGCCGGCCUCCGUGAGUGCCUCCACCCACGGGACGGCGGUUCGUGCCCCAGCGCCGGCCUCCGUGCGUGCUCCCACCUACUGUGCCACCGUGCAGAGAUGCGUUGCGCUCCUUGACUGGUGGCUGGUGAGGGGUCAAGGCGGCAAGAUCCGUGUUGCCGGGUACAUCGACAACGUCGAGAAGAAUCGAGCAGGUCGAGUAUUCAGUUCUGGUUCCAUUACGGUGCGGCAUGCUGAUGGUACUCUUGAGACUGCAGAUAACAAAAUUGUAUUAACUAGGGGUCCAUUAAAUAUCGAACAGAUGCAUUGCAAUGGAUUUUCUCGUGAGGUUUCAGAACAGUUCAGGCUUGGUUUUCCUAUUCAAUGGGAGAAAUAUGCUAAUUCUAACAUGAAACAGGUGAAUGAACACACACUAUCUCCAGCAAAAUCAACUGAAUAUUGUGUAGAGAAGUUCUUGCGCAGCAGCUUUGCCAAUUCAAUGGAACAUACUUUGACAGAGUUUGAUUUCAGAACAUCCAAAGAGUCUACUGGUAAUACAGAUGGACCUGGGCUUCCAAACUAUGUAAAACCAAGAAUUCAGGAACCUUCUGGCAAUAGUGGUGGUUAUGAUAUCUCAGUGAGCAACAUGGCUGCAUCUGAGGGAUUAUGUAAUGAUAGGAUGGGUAUGCCUGAUGAAUCUUUUGAAGAUCCUGGACCUGGAGAAACAUGUAAUGGUCAAGCAUCUAGAGCAGAUAAUUCACAUGAAGAUAUAGAGACAGAUGCAAGUGGGCAGAGGAUUGUUACUCACUCCAUGGACUCUACUUUAGUUAAUAAUGAUAUAUAUAAAAUAGAAGAAGAACAUGGAUCUUCCAAGUUGGGCAACAGCUCAGUGUGUCCCGGAACAGAACAUGUGUUAGAAGCACUAAACCAAGGGGCGAGUCCAGAGAAUGGAAGUGUUCAGUGUUCAAGAAGACUACGGAGCGGCAAAGUGUGCGGAAUGUCUAAUGGUGCGUCAUUGAAGAGGCGGUACUCCAAGAGGAAGACAAUGCAGCACGAAACAUUGUGUAUGAAGGUGAUACCAACUGAAGAGACAACACCCCCUGCCGGUCCGACUUGUCACAAAAAGGGUGGCUCAGUUGCUCAAAUCACUGCUUUGGAUAAGCUUCAAUCACAUGAUUCGGGUCGUAAAGGAAGCGGAAGACCUAGAAAGAAGGCGAGGAGGUAACAUUCGGCACGGUGCGGUGAAAAUCGGAGCAACAUUUUGUGCUCAAAUCACGAUAUGGACAUCUCAUCAAACGCAGCACAACUCUUGCAUGUGUGUUCGAAUCAGUUGUGCUGUUAUGUGACGGGUUAGAGUUAUGCUAGUGUUGUAGGAUGAGGAACAUGCUACUGUUGUGCUGUUGUGCAAUGGGCUGGCACAUCAGUUCUUUUGCAGGCCAACUAUCCAUAUAUAUAUGUAUGUAUGUAUGUAUGUAUGUAUGUAUGUCUCUAUAUCUGGAGGCUAAGUACAACUCUUGCAUGUAGUAGUGUAACUAGGAAGAAGGGGCGCUUGUGAUGGUAUUUGUUUCAAA